AUGGGGUAUACCAAUGUUGUAAUUGUCGAUAGGGUUGAAGAGGAGACAAAAAACUUCGGAAGAAGGGCUGAGUUCUCCGCUCUUGAAAAUCUGUACGAGGUCAAUACACUAGCUACUGUUGGAAAUGAUCAAUCCAAUGUAGAAAAUGAGAGUCCUGAAAACUCAUUACCAACUCCUAACGUUUUAUCUUCUACUAACUGUUCAUACUUGUGCAUUGCCAUUGAAAGUGAUAUAAGCAUCUUUAAAUUCGAUUAUGAGCUCACUUACAAUUUUUCUCACACCUUAACAGGGUGCGUCGCCAAAGUGGUAAAAUGGAUGGGAAACAAUCAGUAUCUUGCUUUAUUCACAUCUGACUAUCAAUUCUUCAUUAUAUCAGCUGACUUCGGCGUACCUAUUUUUGCCUUGAAUAUUAGUGGUAGCUCCGGUGUCUGUAAGCAAGCCACCCUGCAAGUUCAUGAGCAAGGGGAAGAGUGUUUGGUUGUCAUAAGUGCUUCUGGGGUCGGCACCUCAAAUACCAUCAUCAAAUUCCCCAAGUGGAAAGUUUUGCUUGAUGCUACAGCUGAUCAGUUGCAAAACAAUAUGGCUGAAUUCUUCAGUAAUGUAGAUGUUCAAAGUGAUCACACUGGACCUUUCCUUUCACAAUUAACGAUAGUUAACAACGGUCUUUCUAUAAUGGGUGUUAGAAGUGACUCUAGUGAUGUGUUUAUGACACCUUCAAAUACGGUUGAUUAUACUAAUUUCAUGAAACUUGCGAAGGACACAUCAAUAAUUCAGCAACAAGAAACAUGUAAUGGCCAUUAUCUUGUUCAACUAUUUUCUAAUGGUGAUCUUGUACUCCGCGAUUUAUGGACUCAAUAUGUUGUGGCUAAGAAAAGUGUUAUCACUUCAAAAGAUGAAAGUGACUCGAGCCUCUAUGGUUUUCUCUUGAUAGAACAAUCUGAGAUUGAAUUCUCCCACUCUCUCAUUGCACUUAUUAUUCAGUCAUCCAAGGGAACCAAUUUAGAAGUCCGUUCUCUGAAGACGCUUGAGCCUACUUAUUCACUCGCUGUUCGAGAAGGGACGGUAGCACUUCCUGUUUUCCAAUCAACUAACUAUGAAAGAGUCAUGCUUCUUAUCGAACCUUUUGCUUUGGAUCAAAGGAGCAUUUCCCUCAACAAUACCAAGAUUCGUGAAAUUUCUGAGGCUCAACCGGAAAAAAGAUUAGCCCGACUGAUCUCUAGGGGUCAGUUAGACGAAGCCGAAAAGUUUGCUGUUCAAUUUGGACUCGACGUCCAGAAAGUACACGUUUCACGAAUGGAGCAGUUACUAGAUGAGAGUGUAAUGCAUGGUGCAGAUGUUUUCAGCAGCUUAAUCAAAAGCAUGGACUCUGUGGAAGAUCAUAACUUGGUUGGCGAGCAUUGUUAUUCAGCUGCUUCCACAUUCAAAGUUUAUGAUCAUAUCAUUUCAAUAUUAGAUUAUGCUAAGAAAAGAGCUAUAACAGAUGUUGAAACUGCUUCCCGUCUCGAUAGCAUUGCCUAUGUGCUGGCCACUUAUCGAAUGGUAAUGGGAAUCGAAACUGCGGAUUUCAGCGAAGAUUCUUUAUGGAGUAGAUUUGUUGAAGGAACUGGCGGAUCUGGAGAUUGGUUCUCUAUUUUCCUUGAUUUUAUUAGCUGUGGAAUGAUUCAAGAAGCUCGUAUUAUUUGGAGACGUCAUGGCAAAACUAUAACGGAUGAACUUUUCUUCGUCACAAAUGAAGGAGAAUUUCCACAAGUGGAGGACGUAAUGAAUGCUAUUCAGAAAAUCGUAAAUGAACGUCUUGAUGUAUGGAGAGAUUUGAUAGAGUUCCUUGAGUUUGAUUUUUUGCCUCAAGGACUGGGCGUUUGCUUAUAUUCGAUUCUCCCUACAUUAGUGGACACUCUUUUGAGGCUAGUAGAGUUUCUUGAGAAUUAUAUUCCUCAAGGGUUCCCCGACAACGCUCUACAUGUUGCCUCCUUGUUGGAACGUGUAAUUCAACGAUUAACUGUGAAUGAAUUUACUCCUGCGAAACAAGCUGAACUUGCGAUGAUUGGGAUUGGAUUGCAAGAGGGAAAGUACCCCGAGUUAACCGAGUGUGCUAGUAACUUGAGAGCAAUUAAAAGACUACGUGAAGUGUAUCAGUGCUAUCUCAGUUAUUCGCUUUACUGUAGCCUAACCCCAGAAACCAUUUGUUAUCGUAUUCUGGCUAAAGCCAUAGAAAAUCCCAAUUUACUGAGCGUCAACGUGGCCAAAUUCGCACGACCAUAUAUGGAUGAGUUUAGAUUGAAUCCUGAUCAAACUCUUUACCGUUAUAUCGAAGAUGUUUCCACACACUCGAAAGGAGUCGUAUCUGCUUCUAACCCAUGGGACGAGCAAUGCUUGCUUGUGAGCCACACUAUUGAAAAGUUCCCACUGAAAUGUCGUGCUAUAACGAUGAUCGCACGAGGAGCGUUUCCACCUUGGAGCAAGAAGUUAAAAGAAGCUGUUCACUCCAUGUUAGAAAAUCCUUUGACUGAUCCUCAAAUGGUCCAAGAGCUCAAGAAUGAAUGCCAGAGAGCGGAACUGGGCAUGAUAUUGAAUUCAUAUGGCGUUCAAAUAGCCUUGAUGACUUCUAUACUCUCUUCUGAGUAUACCAUAGGUAAAUUCUUAUGGUAUGUAUUCCAAGGAAGAGAACGCCACCCGGAUGAUAUGAAAAGAUUAUCUGACGCCUUGAAGGUGGUUGAUAUUUACUCAUCACUGAACGAAUGCCCACCACGCAGUAUAAACUCAAUUUAUGUGUACGUUCGUUUUGCUCAAUAUCUUCAGAGAUAUCAAGACGACAAGUGCGUUAUCAACUUCAUAGAGAAUAUGGAAGAAGAUAAACAUAAAGUCACAAAAAAUGAGGUUGUCGAGAAUCUUGUGGAAGCUCUCUAUUGUGAGAUUGAUGAUCCUGUCGUUUGUAAAGAUCAGAUCACUAUCGAUGAAAGAGUUGAUAAAAUGAAUUUGGUUCAAAGUUUGAUUCUGAGAUAUAAAUUGAACGACGAGUAUUAUGACGAAUUAAACAAAAAAGUUGGUUGUCUCUUCAAACUUCAGACCAAAUAUAAUAUUUGGGCCGUCUUUGGUAGUCUUUGUCAUUCGGACUGGAAGCGAAUUAUGGUUGAACAGUUUGUACAACAACAAGAAAGGAAUCUAGCAGAGAUUUAUGCUUUUUCGUCAUGCCUCUCAUUGUCGAGAGACGAAGCAUGUCAGAUAGCUAUGUCUAUCGCAGCUGAAUCCAAGAAUUUCAAUGGGCUGAUUUGUAUAAUGAGGGAAGCUAUGUUAGCUGUUGCUAAACCCAGUGUGGAAAUGGCUGAAUUAACAGUCAAGUGUUGCAUAUUUGUUCUGCAGAAUCUUCCAGAAGUUUGCCCUCAAGAUGCCGACCCACAAGCCAUUGAUAUGGCUGUUGAUCUGGCUAUUCAAACGAGAAUGGUAUUAAGCGACCUCUAUAACUGUACGGAACAUAGUAUGGAGUUACUGAGAAAUGUCAUAACAAUGUCAACGUUCCUCGAUUUGUUCGUUAUGACAAUUGAUCAAUGCUGGAUUGAAGAACGAGCAACUAAAUCAAGUUCAAGUGAUGUAUCAUGCUCAGAACGGGUGACCGGGAUGUCCAAGAGAAUCGGUGUUUAUCUGUUAAGCAAUGAUGGUCCACUUUUGGAGAAGCUGGCAGCCGUUCCACUAAUGUGUGCUGUAGCUCCUUCUGUUGUAGCAGUUACAGAGGAUAUGACGAAUUCUGUAGUUGAAAAUUACAAAAACACCGUCAUGAACCAAUGGGAUGAAUUGUUCACGUUUUUGAGUCUGCAAAAUCAAGAUCUUCUAGAGUUCUUCUUCAGAGUCUUCUCUGUUUCACUAGAACCUUGUGUUGAUAUGAGACACGCUUUGUCAUCGAACUUACGAAACAUUUCAAGAAAUGUGUGUGAAAGAAUUUUACAGAUGCAUCCCUGUGAUUUAUGGGGAGUUUCUGCUCUCAUUUCUAGCUUAUCUCCAAGUGACACACAUAUGUUGGUGCUUGAACUAAGAAAAUGGGUAACAACACGUAAAUCCCCUCAAACUAUGAUUAAUGUAUUACGGGUGAUGCAGUUCAUUGCCAUUAAUAGUGAAACAAGAGACGUCUAUAACGCCCUCACGGAUUCUUUCAAAAAAAGCCUUUGGGGAAAACGAUUGGGAAAGCUGGGUGUGUUUAUCAAUGUCGGUCGAGAUCCUAUCGAUGUCGUACUACAAAAAUAUGCUUCCAAACAAGUAGAUCCUGAUCUGGUUUCAAAAUAUGUUCAUGAGUUCUGUGGUGAAUCCAAAGUUAAUGAAGAACUUUUAAAUUAUGCUGUUGCAUUAAUUCUCCAAUCUUCUGAAGAGACAGACAAAGAAAAGGCGAUAUCUCUUAGACAAUGUGCAGAUGAAGCGAUUCGGUUAUCCACAAUGCCAAAGCAUGAUGCGCUCGACCGUUUACGAAAUCUCAUCUAUGUUUUGUGUCCUUACAACUAUGAAGUUCUACAUUUCGUAAUUUCGAGGAUGUCAAAUAUGGUAGAUCCUGGUGAUCAACACGUAGUUUUCGUUGAUGGAUGCCAGAGAAUUUUGGAGUUUUUGGUGGACACUCCACGUCAGAAUACUGCCUGCAAGGCUGAAGUGAAAUGGUUCAUGAAUCACAGCAAGAUAAUUCAAAAAGCGAAUCGGGAGUUCGAGAUAUCUAGUGGCAGAGAAAAAAAAGUUGUUGCUUCAUACGAAACAAUGGUUCGUCAGUGUUACGAGGAAAGCUCUGGAAUUCUAGAUGCUUCAAGUUUACUGUUAGCUCAAGAAGAUGCCAUUCAGUAUGAAAGAGAAGAUAUUCUCAUCUCAACGUUACCCCAACUGGCGGUGAAACGUUUACCUUUCCAUCCCUUCUUGUUACAUGGCCGUGAGGACAUUGAUAAGUAUCUGUUCCCUAUUAUUGAGACAGAAAUGUCUGUGCUCACUGUAACUGUUUGGCAAACCGUGGUUAGAUUGGUGAAAUGGCUCAAAGCUUCUAAGAGUUUACCACGAUCUUUGUUGUUAUCAUCAGCUGUGGUUAAGAUGAGCAAGCAGUGUACAGAUAAGGGUGAUGAUUUAUCUCAAGAGGAACUGCAUUUUAUCAACAAUUUACUAGUUGGUUCGGAAAGGGACACGGUUGUCACAUGCAUUUCGAAGUGUUUCAAGAAAAUCCCACUCAGUCAAACAAAAAUCGAUUUGUUACAAUUGGGAGUUGACGUUGCUAAAGGAUGGCUUGCGAACACAAACAUCAUCCCUCCAAUAGUGGAGAUUGAAAGAAAUGAGAUGGAAAUUCAUAUCAGGCGUUUAACAGAAACAGUUUACAAAUAUAAAACUGAGUUGUUAUUGAAACAAUCUGGAUUGUAUGAUUCCAAAACUGCUGAACUUGUCGAGAAUGUUCCGGAGCUUAUCAACCAUCUGUACUCCGACGCUAUUGACUGGGCAGACGACAAUGAUAUAAAGUUCAAAACCGGUCUCAUCGAUGAAUUAGCUACUGUGAAUAACUCUGUUGAUUUACUUUCUCUUCAAUCGGAUUUAAUUGUAAACUGGAUACCCGAAGAUGGAGUAUCAUCGUCUGGGUUCGCUGUAGAUUUGAAUGAUACUAUGGGUGGCAUGUCUGCCCCCUCAACAAUGGCGAACGGACCUAGUUUAGAUGAGAAUGACAUAUACUUCUUACCGUUCUUCGACAACACUAUCACGAGGGUUGUUCAUUUGAUUAAUUUGAUCCGUGAAAAAAAUCCGGAGCAUGCACGUUUCAUAAUGACAAAGCUCAUGAGUAACUACAAAAGAAAGAAAAUGGACAUCUCCACCAUUUCGGGAGGAUUCAAAACGUUGAUUCGAGUAACUUGUGUUCUGUUACGAUCGUUCACCAAUGAAGAGUUGGAAUCUGCCAAGACCAGUAGAGAUAAAUUAUACAUGGAUAUCGAGAGAUUACACUGCGGACGAUUGCUGGAGCUCGCUCGUGAAGACAUGACAGUAGAUGCAUUGUACAAACAAGACAUGCAUCUUUUGGUGAAGUCAUAUAUUCUUCCAUCAAAACGGCAGAGCCCUCAGUUGUGGCAUUUGGCUGCCUGCUUAAUUGUGGAUCAUGAUGUUCUCGAUAAAACUCUUGUCGAUACUCUAUUAAACAAAUUGUAUUCUUCUCGUAAAAAGCAAGCCAUGCUGUCAUUGCUUCGCUACUGCAGACAACAGCCUAAACUAUACGGAGUCAAAAAUCUGGCUCUUUUCUGGGCACGAGCUGCUGAUCAGAUGAUUGCUGACCUAGACACCAAGAAUGCUGCUCACACAGAACUGUUGAGAGAUUCUAUUCUCUUUGCCAUUUCCUGCCCUGUGGAAGGAGGGCGGCCUUUCGAUUCCACACGCUCAUCAUUGAAGGCGUUAGGAUGUACCAUGGCUGCUCAACUCAUUAAUGUUGUUCGCUCGUUCAGCACGAAAUUAGAAACACAUCAUAACGAAAUCCAUCCAACUGAACUUAACUUACGUUGGGUAGAAGUAAGAAAGAAUCUCAUGGAAUCACAUGAACAAAUGAGUUACUAA